AUGCCUGUUACUCGACGACCUUCCAAAGCCAUAUAUGAUUUUAUCGUGAUUGGAGGUGGAUCCGGUGGUAUUGCUACUGCAAGACGUGCAGCCAAUCUAUACUCUGCUCGUGUAGCAUUGGUUGAGAUGCAGAAUGUACUUGGUGGAACGUGUGUGAAUGUGGGUUGUGUACCCAAAAAGAUCAUGUGGAAUGUUGCUACAUUUGCCGAGACCAUACGCGAAGCAGCUUCGUGUGGGUUUAAGACGGUGGAGCCAAUAGCCGAUUGGAACGCCAUCAAGCAUAAACGAGAUGCUUACAUACGUCAUUUGAAUGGGAUUUAUGAAAGAAACCUUGACAAGGCAAACGUUGAACACAUUCAUGGCCAUGCCGAAUUUGUGGAUGAUCACACCAUCCUCGUAAGAGAAAAUCCAGAUGAUACAGGUUAUGAAGUGGUCGCCACCAAUAUUUUGAUUGCCACUGGUGGCCAUGCUGUCAUUCCCAAUGUGCCCGGUGCUGAACUUGGUAUUGACUCGGAUGGCUUUUUUGCCUUGGAACAUCAGCCCAAACGCGUCGCUGUGGUGGGUACGGGAUACAUUGGUAUCGAAUUGGCUGGCAUCUUUCGAGCCCUUGGAUCCGAAGUUACAGUGUUUUCACGUACCAAAAAGAUUCUACGCAAGUUUGAUCCCAUUGUGCAUGAAAAUAUGAUGAAUGAAAUGUCCAAAUCGGGUAUUCGCUUUAUUACGGAUUCCAGCGUAAAAGGUCUUUAUCGCACGGAUUCAGGUGCCAUUUGCGUGGAUUAUGGUGGUGAAGGCAUUGAUGUGGAUUGUGUCAUUUGGGCUGUGGGUCGUAAGCCCAAUAUACAAAAUCUCAAAUUGGAAAAGGCCAACGUCAAAGUCGAUGCCAAAGGCUUUAUUCAAGUUGACAAGUAUCAAAACACAAGUCAGCAAGGCAUCUAUGCUGUUGGUGAUUGUUGUGGCAAAUUUGAACUCACACCUGUGGCCAUUGCUGCUGGUCGUAAAUUAGCUGAUCGUCUUUUUGGCAGUGCACCUUGUUUCUUGGAAUAUGAAAACAUCCCCACUGUCAUCUUUGGUCAUCCUACAGCUGGUUCCAUUGGUCUCACUGAGGAAGAAGCAAGGAAGCAAUAUGGUGACUCCAUCAAGGUGUAUCAAACCCAAUUUACAAACUUGUACUAUGCACUCCUGGAUCACAAACAAGCUACAGCCUUUAAAUUGAUUGUCCAGGGACCGCAAGAAAAGGUUGUAGGCUUGCAUUUGUUUGGAAGGGGAGCUGAUGAGAUGUUGCAAGGUUUCGGUGUAGCUAUUCGAAUGGGUGCUACCAAGGCUGAUUUUGAUAAUUGUGUUGCUAUCCACCCCACCUCAGCAGAAGAAUUGGUAACAUUGGUUUAA